CUCUCAAACACCUCCUCUCCUCUCCUUCCAUCUGCCAUUGUGUAUUUCCCCAAACUUACCUCCCCUCUCAAAGACACUUUGAGUUCGGGAAUUCAGAUUUGCACUCCUGCUGCAAUUGUAUUAAACCAUAAUUGCACUUUGAUCCCUUGAUUGACUUGUUAAGUCGUUGUCCAUCAUGCGUUUCAACGCUGCGGCCGUCCUAUCGACAGCUCUCCUCGCGGGAGCUGCCCACGCCCAGGCUGAAGUAAAAGAUACCGAAGCCUCUGCUGCGGUUGACUCCGCCGUUCUUCCUUCCUUCACCCCUACCAAGAUUAAGGGCGACUUCGUCGAGCAGUUCACAGACGACUGGGAGCAGCGAUGGAAGCCAUCCCACGCGAAGAAGGAUAUGAAGGGAUCCGAUGUGGAUGAGGAGUGGGCAUACGUCGGCGAGUGGGCUGUUGAGGAGCCACAUGUGUUCAAGGGCAUGGAUGGCGACAAGGGCCUCGUUGUCAAGAACGCGGCUGCUCACCACGCCAUCUCGGCCAAGUUCCCCAAGCCAAUUGAGAACAAGGGCAAGACUCUUGUUGUUCAGUACGAGGUCAAGCUUCAAAACGGCCUCGAGUGCGGAGGCGCCUACCUGAAGCUCCUCAGAGACAACAAGGCCCUUCACCAGGAGGAGUUCGCCAACUCCUCCCCUUACGUGAUCAUGUUUGGUCCCGACAAGUGCGGCCACACCAACAAGGUCCACUUCAUCGUCAACCACAAGAACCCCAAGACUGGCGAAUAUGAGGAGAAGCACAUGAACUCUCCACCCACCGCCCAGAUCUCCAAGACCACUGAGCUCUACACCCUCAUCGUGCACCCCAACAGCACCUUCGCCAUCCGACAGAACGGCAAGCAGGUCAAGGAGGGCAGCCUCCUGGAGGACUUCACCCCAUCCUUCAACCCUGAGAAGGAGAUCGACGACGCUAAGGAUAGCAAGCCAGACACCUGGGUUGACGAGGCCCGCAUCGCCGACCCCGAGGCCAAGAAGCCCGAGGACUGGAACGAGGAAGCCCCCUUCGAGAUCGUCGACGAGGAGGCUGAGAUGCCCGCCGACUGGCUCGAGACCGAGGCCCAGGUCAUCCCCGACCCAGAGGCCCUCAAGCCCGAGGACUGGGAUGACGAGGAGGACGGAGACUGGAUCGCCCCCAGCAUCCCCAACCCCAAGUGCGAGGAGGCCUCCGGAUGCGGCCCAUGGACUAAGCCCAUGAAGGCCAACCCCGAGUAUAAGGGCAAGUGGGUUGCCCCGCUCAUCGACAACCCCGACUACAAGGGCGUCUGGGCACCAAGGAAGAUCAAGAACCCCAACUACUACGAGGACAAGAAGCCCUCCAACCUCGAGCCCAUGGGAGCCAUCGGCUUCGAGAUCUGGACCAUGCAGAACGACAUCCUCUUCGACAACAUCUACAUCGGCCACUCCAUCGCCGACGCCGAGGCCCUCGCCGCCGAGACCUUCGACGUCAAGCACGCCGCCGAGAAGGCCGCCGAGCUCGCCGCCAAGCCCAAGGCUGAGGACAAGCCCAAGUCUGACCUCGACAUUGAAUUUGGCGACGACCCCGUCAAGUUCGUCAAGCAGAAGUUGGACCUCUUCAUUACCAUCGCUAAGCACGACCCUAUUGAGGCUAUCAAGUACGUCCCUGAGGUCGCUAUCGGCGCUGGUGUUGGCGCCCUUACGCUUCUCGGUGUUUUGGUUGGUCUUCUGACUCUGGGUUCCGCACCGGCGCCGAAGGUCAAGGCGGCUGCUAAGCAAGGGAAGGCGGCUGUGAAGGAGGGAAAGGAGAAGGCUGGUAGUGCUGCUGCUUCGGCGGUGGAUGCCGGGAAGUCGGAGGUUAACAAGAGGACUACGAGGAGCAAUGCCGCGGAGUAGAGGGGAGAUAUGUGUUAGUGUCUGAGGAAAGGAAAAUAUAAAUCUUUUUUGUCGGUUUGGGGGACGGGGGAAAGCGGAAAGCGGAUGGUAAGAGUAUUAUCGAAAGUUUGAUUUAGAGCGGGGAGCACGAACCAGCCAAACAAACAAACAAACCAAAGUUGUAAAGUCAACGGCGCAGAAAGAAAGAAAGAAACACAAAAAUAUUAUAUCCAUUUUUUGCUACUAUCC